AUGGGAGCAUAUAGAGCAGAAGACGAUUACGAUUACCUCUUCAAGGUGGUCUUAACGGGAGACUCCGGCGUCGGAAAAUCUAAUCUGUUAUCUCGUUUCACAAGAAAUGACUUCAGCAACGACUCACGUGCCACCAUCGGUGUCGAAUUCGCUACACGCAGCAUCCAAUGCGAUGACAAGAUCGUCAAGGCUCAAAUCUGGGAUACCGCCGGUCAAGAAAGGUACCGAGCCAUCACGAGCGCGUAUUACCGAGGAGCCGUUGGUGCGUUGCUAGUUUACGACGUGACACGUCACGUGACGUUCGAGAACGUUGAGAGAUGGCUCAAGGAGCUAAGGGACCACACGGACGCGAACAUUGUGAUAAUGCUGGUUGGUAACAAAGCUGAUCUUCGUCAUCUUCGAGCCAUCUCUACUGAAGAAGCCAAGGCCUUUGCAGAGAGGGAGAACACAUUUUUCAUGGAGACAUCAGCACUUGAAGCCUUGAAUGUUGAGAAUGCUUUCACCGAAGUUCUGACUCAGAUUUACAGAGUGGUUAGCAAGAAAGCUCUUGAAGCUGGAGAUGAUCCAACCACUGCUUUGCCAAAAGGACAGACAAUUAAUGUCGGAGGGAGAGAUGAUAUCUCAGCCGUUAAAAAACCUGGUUGCUGCUCUGCUUAG